AUGGAGCAGAUGAUGUUGGUCACGUCGGUUGAAGAAACAGGUGAGAAGCGGGAGAGUGCUGAUGGGAUGAGGGGAGGAGGGGAGGAGCUGGGAAUGGAGGGUGGGGGAAGGGAGUUGUAGAUUGUGUUGAUUUUGGAUUGAAAAGAGGAGUGGAAUGAGUUGCACUUUUCUGGGGUGAAGGUGAUGGAGGUACUGUCUAUGGGGUGAAGCAGUUUUUUGACUGUGGAGAAAAGAGCCUUUUGGUUACUGGAGCCAGAGUGGAUGAGGUUGGAGUAAAAGGAAGAAAGGGCGGAAGUGAGGGCUGUUCUGUACAGGUGGAGAUGGUCGGUGUAGGCUUGGAGAUGGACAGUGAGGCCGGUUUUGCGGUAGAGAUGUUCCAGUUGGCGUUUGUGUGA